AUGGCUACGCAACAACCAGUCUCAGCCCAACCACCUGCACUAAAGCUCGACAAUAUCCAAGGGGAUAUCCUGAGUGGAUUGCCCAAGAAGACAGAAACCAUGUACUUCUUCCAAAUCAAGGACGCCCUCAAAUUCCGUCGAGAUCUUGUAUCAUUCGUGCCGCUGGUCAAGAGUGUCGCCCAGGUACUCAAAGAUCGCAAGGAAAUCGACGAGCACAAGAAGGGACAUGGCCAGGGAUAUGGUCAUGGUCACAGUGUCAGACCUCACCUCAUCCCUAUGGUUGGCGUCAAUAUAUCUUUCUCUCACAUUGGUUUUAAGACGCUCGACAUCGACGAUAAAAAACUGCACGAUACAGCGUUUCUCCGUGGUCAACGACUAGAUGCUGGACGAAGCCUUGGUGACAAGGGUACUGGAACUGGGGACAGUUUCGUCCCUGACUGGGACGAGCCUUUCAAGCAAGAUAUCCAUGGUGUCAUCAUAGUGACAGGUGAUAGCCAUGCCACUGUAAACAAGACUCUUCACGACAUCGAGAAUAUAUUCGGCGUUGGAAGCAACAACGCUUCCAUUGUUGAAGUGACCUCUGUUCGUGGUGAUGCUCGACCAGGAAACCUAUCCGCCCAUGAACAUUUCGGAUACCUUGAUGGAGUGUCCAAUCCAGCGCUCAUUGGGUUCGACACAAACCCUCCUCCAGGACCUGCUCCCAUCCGUCCUGGCGUUAUUGUCCUUGGCCACGACGGGGACCCCAACGUAACGGACCGUGAUGGUUGGAUGGUAGACGGCAGCUUCCUCGUCUUCCGUUACCUCUUCCAGAAAGUACCAGAGUUUGACGACUUUGUAGAACGAAACAAGCUUAAAGUCCCGGGCCUUACCGAGAAAGAGAAUGCCGACCUCUUAGGCGCUCGCUUAGUUGGACGCUGGAAGAGCGGUGCACCACUAGACCUAGCACCCUUCAAGGAUGACCCAGAACUUGGCGCCGACCCCCAGCGAAACAAUAACUUCCAAUUCUCGGCAGAACUUAACUUCCAGAAACUUUGCCCAUUCGCAGCACACGUCCGCAAGACCCUUCCGCGGGCUGACCUGGAGAGUCUAGGAUUUUCUACCGAGAGGAACCGCAUCAUGCGCCGCGGAAUUCAAUUUGGGCCUGAGGUUACCAAGAAGGAGAGGGCGGACAAGAAGACGUACCACGGUCGCGGACUCGUAUUCGCUUGCUACCAGAGUAGCAUCACGAAUGGCUUCCAGUUCAUCCAGCAAAGUUGGGUCAACAAUCCAACGUUCCCCUUCGGAGAGACCACUCCAGAGGUUCCUGGUGUCGAUCCGCUCCUUGGGAGUGGUCCUAAUCGCAAGCUUUCUGGUGUUGACCCAAAUAAUCCUUCAUUUGAGCUCGUACUCGACGAUGAAUGGGUUAUUCCUCGUGGGGGAGAAUACUUCUUUACCCCAUCCAUCAAAGGGCUGAGUGACGCCAUUGCGUUGGCCGCCUAA